ACUUCCUUGUCGGUUGAACUCGCACAGCCCAGCCAACUUCUCUCUCAGAGGAGAGCUGAGGAGCCACGGAGCCCAUCUCUCCCUGCCUCUUCCCCACAGCACCUGGCAGGUGCUCAGUGGACGACAGGAGUGCGAAUGGGCAGAGCAGAAUCUGUAGAAGGGAAGAUGAGCACCCAGGACCCUUCAGAUCUGUGGAGCAGAUUGGAUGGAGACGCUGAGCUGCUCCAGGACCUGGGGUGGUACCACGGCAACCUCACACGCCACGCGGCUGAGGCUCUUCUCCUCUCAAAUGGAUGUGACGGCAGCUACCUUCUAAGGGACAGCAAUGAAAGGACCGGGCUGUACUCUCUCUCUGUGAGAGCCAAAGACUCUGUCAAACACUUUCAUGUUGAAUAUACCGGAUAUUCAUUUAAAUUUGGCUUUAAUGAAUUCCCAUCUUUGAAGGAUUUUGUCAAGCAUUUUGCAAAUCAGCCUUUGAUUGGAAGCGAGACAGGCACUCUGAUUGUUCUGAAACAUCCCUAUCCACGAAAAGUGGAGGAACCUUCCAUCUAUGAAUCCGUCCGGGUUCACACAGCAAUGCAGACAGGAAGAACAGAAGACGACCUGGUGCCCACUGCGCCUUCCCUGGGCACCAAGGAAGGGUACCUCACCAAGCAGGGAGGCCUGGUGAAGACCUGGAAAACAAGAUGGUUCACUUUACACAGGAAUGAACUGAAGUACUUCAAAGACCAGAUGUCACCAGAACCAAUUCGGAUCCUAGACUUAACGGAAUGUUCGGCUGUACAAUUUGAUUAUUCACAGGAAAGAGUAAACUGUUUUUGCUUGGUAUUUCCAUUCAGGACAUUUUAUCUCUGUGCAAAGACAGGAGUAGAAGCUGAUGAGUGGAUCAAGAUAUUACGCUGGAAAUUGUCUCAAAUAAGAAAACAGCUCGACCAAGGGGAAGGCACCAUCCGAUCCCGGUCAUUCAUCUUUAAAUAGACCUUUCUCCACAAGGGGUGCCCCGGCCCAGGAGCAGCGUGGAAUCUUCCCUCAUGCUGUGAUCCAUAGCAGGCUCCAGCCAAGCUGACUAAGGAUUUUUCUUCACAAACAAAUCAAAAGCAGAUGCUGACUUGGACCUUUCAGAACACACCACAUUUGCUGACUCACGGAAAACUGCAACCCCUCGGGACGUUGUCAUCUCCUUGAGAAUACCAGCAAUCAUUGUUCUGAUGGCACCCGGGUGUGCUCACUCUCAGAACAGACAGUGUCAGACAGGGGGAUUCUGUUUUCCCUCACUGUGGUCCUCAAGCCGGUUGACAUUACCUGGAGUCCCACUCUGUGUCAUGGUCAGCUCGUCUGACAGCCAGGUUGUGCUGUCAAUCAGGAAGGAAACAGCUGUACACUUUGAGGUUUAGGCUGCAUCUUCAGAAAGUAUAUCGAGACAG